GGGGCGCUGCAGUUGACCAGUGAGUUUGCUUUGUGUACGCGUGUCGGUGCUAAGCGCCAGUGUCGGUUCAAAAAAAGCUUACACCUGUGCUGUACGCAGUCGGUGAAUCCCUUCACGCUAUUUGGAAUACGUCAAUGAACUUACCGUGACGAACAAAGCGACGCAGCAAGAGUGAUGGAGGCGGACCACGAUGAGGACUACCAGGAGUACCUGAACGAGUUCCGCUUCCUGCACGACGACGGCGGCCUCGAUGACGCUGAAGAGGGCGAGCAGGAGGCGGAGUGGCUGGUGGCCGCAGGCCUCUCGCAGCUGGCGGCGGCGUUCCGCGAAGGCCGCGAGUUGCGCGACGACCAGCUGGACCCGGCGCUAAGGGCGCUGCAGCUCGCCCCCCACCACGCCGAGGCCGUGCGCAGGCGCGUGCGCACGCUCAACAGGACAGUGCGCAGGCGCAAUGCCCGCCAACCCAGGGGGCGCGCGCGAAAGCCAGACAUCAGAGACGUCUUCCGGGACGUGGAGAAUUCAAGCACUGGCACGAGAUCGCGGAGUGCAACACCAGACUCCUUGGAUUCUGACCUCCCAACAGAUGAAGCAGAAGGUUCUACCAAUGAAGUGUGGUCACAGACACCUGCCCACAUAAUCCUGCCGAGAGCUGGUCACCAUGACUGGAAUGGUCUUUCUCGGUCACCUCCUAAAUUUUUCUAUGGAGCCUCCCCACCGUUACGCAACCAUCACAAGGAUAUGGGGCACCGGCAGCCAAGUACACCAUUUUCAGGCUCUAGCCUCGACAUCUUCAGUCACCCAGGAGCUUGGCGAGGCAGUAAAGGCUCACUUGCCUCAGACAAUGAAGGAAUAAAAAUGCUGAAUUACCAAAUGAUUGGUACAAUGCAUUUACCUCGGCCAAGAGAAAGGAUCCGUAGUGGUAGUGAUCCAACUGUACCUGAUGACCACAAUAAUAAUAUUGACAGCAAUAACAGGCAUUACUUGUCUCCAAACAAACUGAAGGGUAAUGGCUACAUACCAGUUGCUGACAGAAUUAAGACCAAAAAUGGUCAUGUAUCUGUUGCAAGAAGUCACAGUAAUCUAUAUAAUAUAGAUACAACUAGUGAGAAUGAACUCCGAAUGUCUAACCAAAGAAAUCAUGUAAAAGGACACAUUAGAAGGUCUGGGUCUAUUGGACAACUUGGUUUUGAAGAAAUCUGUCUUCAGAGCCAAAGUAAAAGACAACAGUAUCCUAAUGGAUUGCCAAAAGGCAAGGUUCCAUCAGGUCGUACGUGGAUAGAGUUUCUUGGUGAAGAUGACAUGCUCAGGCUUCGCCCUCUCUUGUUGCUGGAAGUAACGGCACUUCUUGAUGCUUACAAUAUUACUUUUACUAAAAGGAAAACUCCAAAAAAGAAGAGAAAAGAAGAAGGAAAUGUAUUUGGAGUUUCUUUAGCAGCACUGCUAGAAAAAGAUCAUCAAAUCAUUGGAGAGGAUUGUAAAGUGCCUCUUAUUUUCCAGAAGCUGCUGGCACAACUGGAAAGGAGAGGACUGCGAGAAGAAGGACUACUUCGUGUACCUGGUUUACAGCAGCGAGUGGAUGCGCUAUUGGCUGGCCUUGAAGCAGAGUUCUACCGACAGCCUGAAGCUGCCGAAGCACGCAUUUCUGGUGCUGGUCCACACGAGCUUGCUGCAGUUCUCAAAAAGCUCUUGAGAGAAUUACCUCAGCCCUUGCUUACUGCAGAGCUUACAGACAUGUUCUACCAAGUGCAUGCACUGCCUACAAGUGAGUUGAGACAACGAGCUCUCAAUCUGCUGGUGCUUCUGUUACCUUCUGAGUGUCGCUAUACUCUACGAGCCCUCUUCAGCUUCUUACUGCAAAUUAUACACCACCAGUCAGAGAACAAAAUGACCUUGCACAAUGUUGCUAUGAUAAUUGCCCCUUCAUUGUUUCAUCCAAGGUAUGUUCAGCCUGCUGACAAGAGUGAUCUAACAGCCCACGUUAACAUAGCAGCAAUGUGCUGCCGCCUAACAGAAGAAAUGCUGCAGUGUGGCAAUGAUCUGUGGGUGGUACCAGAGGAUCUGGUUGCACAGAUAAGGCGCCUUAACGAGGAGGAACGAUAUCUCAAGGGACAUAAAGAAAACAGCAAACCGAUGAAAAAAUUGCUUGGUCGUAAGGGCCCAGCACGUGAACCUAUAACGCGGAAAAUUGAUAACGAAGUUGACUUCCAAGAUGGAGUGAUACGAGUAAAUGCACCACAAUUCCAACUGAAUGAAAUACGUGUGCAGUUAACAGAUGCGACAACAGCUGGUGAUGUAGUUCUUCGCAUUGUGGAAGAGGCCAGUAAAAGGUCAGAUGUGCCCAUGACCGGAAUAAAAAUGCCUCGAAAGCCACAGUCUAGAGCUUUAGCAGAAUUGGCUCCAAAUGGAAACCUAAGCUGUAUGUUAGCAACUGGAUAUCCAGAGAUAACACUCCAGACACAUUACCUUUACGAGAUUGGUGGAAACAUCGCUCAACGUAGAUUAGAACACAGUGCAAAUCUAUUAGCUGUUUAUAAGGACAAUCCAAAUGCUCGAUGGACAUUGCGCUGUGAUCACAGGAAUGCAAAUAAUGAAACAUGACAUGUAUUGUCACACAAAUGACCAUCACCAUCAUCAUCAUGAACCAAAUUUAUAAAACUAUGCAAAGAGAGCCUUGUGAUCUUGUGUGAACUUUGUUAAUGUGUAAAAUAAUUUUAUAUUUGCCUGUGCAACAUCAUACAGUCUUAACAUUAGAUGUACAUAGUGUAAUUUAUUAUUUUUGGAAUAAAUAAGAAAUUCUGAA